CCUAGUGAUGAUUACGUAACCCUAUGCGUAUCGCACUCCAUCGACCGCCUUAACUUGCUGUGAUUGUCUGCCCGCGACGCAUGACAACGACUCAGGUCCAUCUAUGUAUUUACCCGCGUUCCUCUUGUGCAGCCCUUUUGUGCUGUCUUUCCCAACCCCACCUUUGGCGGUCAUUCUAUGCGCUCUGGAGGUGCUAUCCAGAUUCAAGCCGUCCUCUUUGGCGUGGCAGCACUACGCUCGUGAGAACCCUGUUUUGUUAUAAACUCUUCUUCUCCAUGGACGUCCCCCCCAUGACCCACCUUUUUCUCUUCCUUUACGUAAAGCUUUACUUCUCUUCCCUAAUAGCCGAUUUCACAUGUCUUGUUUCUUGUCGGUCUCAGGGCUUAUCUUGGCCUCCAGCGAGGCCUUUGUAUUUGGUCACAUUUCGCUUCCUUUCCUGGUUCUGACGUUCUCCGGUCUCAGUUGUCCGAGAGCGUUUAUCACUUCGUUCUUUGUACGUGUACUCGUA